ACUCGAACUCGUCUCGCUGGCUGACUCAAAACUUCGGCAUCUGGCGAGCGAGCGGCGACUUGGCCAACUUGGCGAACUUAGGGGCUGCUCUGGGCCAGGCCGGUAUAAAUGCGCCAAGGGAGAACAUUUGGGCAUCAUUCGAUUUCUGAUUUUGCAACGAAGACGUCGCAUCGGCCGAGCCAAAAGUUCCCGUGGCAAAUAAAUAAAUAUCGUGUGCGGCUCGUCUGCGAAACCGGUAAUAAUUCGAUUCGCUGUCUUUUCUCUGUCGCGUUGCGAGGAAAACUCGGAAAAACCGCGCUUGCUCAGCUUUAAGCGAAAAUGCGCUGCUUCCUGCCUCUGGUGGCCCUGCUCCUGGCAGCAGGUGUCCACGCGGACGUCUCCCACCUGGACACGGAUCUCCAGGAGGAUGGCUACCACUACAAGCAGCCCUCGGUGCCCUUCCCGCCCCCGGGAUCGGGUAACGGCAUUGAGGACUCGGGCUUAGGCCCAGGACCUGCUCCCUCGGCUCCGGCUCCCUCGUACGGACCUCCGCAGACGCAGCCACCUCGUCCUCCGCCGCAGCCGACUCCCUCGGCUCCUGCUCCUCCUCCUGCUCCCCGUCCUUCCUACGGACCCCCGCAGACGCAGCCACCGCGGCCACCACCACAGCCCACACCCUCGGCUCCAGCUCCAUCUCCAUCCUAUGGACCACCGCAGACGCAGCCACCACGUCCUCCACCAGCGCCGACUCCUUCGGCCCCAGCUCCCGCUCCUUCUUAUGGACCUCCCCAAACGCCGCCACCUCGUCCUCCGCCGCAGCCAACUCCCUCGGCUCCUGCCCCGUCCUACGGACCACCGCAACCUCAGCCGCCGGCACCACAGCCUCCAGCGCCGCAACCGGGACCGGAGUACCUGCCUCCCGAUCAACCCAAGCCGAGACCCACUCCCUCGCGUCCCCAGCCGCCGCCACCACCACCACCGCCAUCCAGGCCGCAACCCACGCCCGGAUACGGUCCCCCACCACCACCUCCUCCGCCAAGGCCGCAGCCCACUCCCGGAUACGGACCACCCCCGCCGCCAGGACCUGCUCCGCCGGCACCACCGCCACCAAGGCCCCAGCCAACCCGCCCACAGCCACCGCCUCCUCCGCCGCCACGCCCACAGCCAGGAGCUGAGUACCUGCCGCCUCCGGGAGAGAACGAGGUGACGCCUCCUCAGCCGCAGCCAACAGCUCCGGCGCCAGAGUACGGACCUCCACCGCCGGCACCGCCACCGGGACCCACCUACCAGCCACGCCCACCAGCGCCACCUGCUCCUCCGGCACCCACCUACCAGCCACGCCCGCCUGCACCUGCACCACCAGCUCCUGCUCCAGGACCCACCUAUCAGCCACGCCCACCAAGUCCUCCUGCACCACCAGCACCCACUUACCAGCCACGCCCACCUGCACCACCAGCACCUGCUCCAGGACCCACCUACCAGCCCCGUCCACCAGCACCAGCACCACCAGCUCCUGCCCCAGGACCCACCUACCAGCCCCGUCCACCAGCACCACCUGCACCCACCCAGGAGUACGGACCACCACCCACCAGCGGUGGCGAAGAAGCGGGAUCCCUGGGACCCGAUGGCUACAACUACAACAAGCCUGCCAAGCCCUUUACCUUCUAGAGAAGUGAACCACUUAGAACCACUCAAGUCCUUUGAACCACCAGCAUUGGACCCACAGCCCCUGCCACUCAAAUAUUUUUCCAAAUAAAAACAAAUCUCAAAAGCCAAAGUCAAA